AUGGCAAUGGCUGUCGACAACCGCCAGCAGGUCUCUGGCCUGUCUUACGACCACUUGCGCUACCCCGCGCCGCAUUUCACCAACCCAUGGGUAUCCGGUCCCGCGCCGAGCCACAUGUAUGCUACCUCGUUGCCUCAACCUUCGAUGGUCAGCGAUCCCGGCGCACAUCACUUGGUGGCAAGAGCCCCCAGUGUUAGUGUGACCAUGCCCAUGCACUCAAGUGCCAUGCCGGCUCCUACUCUGGCUUCAGGUAUUGACUCUUUGGAUGCUCUCUACGCGCAAUCCAGCUUACCAGUCCAAGACGGUCUCAGUGCUCCUCGUCCCUAUGGUUCCACCUAUGUUACCUCUGGUCCCUCAUCUGGCGCUCUGUACGCCCCGACUUCUGCUCCUCAGUACGCUCGAGAGUACCCCAACACCACAUCAUAUGCUUCCUACAACCAGGAUCGUCGCUCCUCGCACCCGUCAGUAGCCUCCACCAGUUUCCUCGGAAACCCCGUGCUUGCCCAGAAGCACCGCCAGAGCAGUUUAAUUGACGUCAACAGACUGAGUGCGGCUUCCAACGAGACUGAGCAGCGCAACAGCUUCAGCGAUGCCCUUGAUGCCAGCAGAGGCAUGGUCGCCAUGAGCCAGGACAUCACCCCUAGAAACAUCUAUGGAAACCAGGGCUCGAGCAGAAGUUCAUCCGACUCAUAUGGCUUCCCUUCGACACAUUCCGCUCACUCCUCCAUCUCGUCGGCCAGCACCUACCCUUCAUCAUACUAUGGCUCUGUCAGCGAGGCUUCAUAUGGUGACUACAGCUCAGCCAGCGAGUCUGUCGACACAUCAUCUCGCACAUUGCCUCGUCCCACUGGCCUCGCAGGUGGUGUCACUAUGCCCCCUGCCCCUCAAUCCAUGAUGGGUCAGUUCAGCUCAAAGGUUUCUUCGAGCUCGCAGAAGAAGCACAAGUGCAAGAUUUGCGAUAAGCGCUUCACUCCAUUCGCUUGCGACGUUGAGGGAUGUGGCCGCCACUUCUCAGUCGUCUCCAACCUCAGACGCCACCGCAAGGUGCACAAGGGUGAAGACUCGCACGCCUCUCCGGAUGACGAGUAA